AUGAAUCUGUGUUGUGAGAGCGGAAGAAUGACAAUUUCAGAUUGGUUCUCUGAAAAGCACCUAACACCUGAUAUCAUUCCACAGGCACCAUUUACAUUGUUGCAGACUAUCACUCUUUCCCCGGCAAGCACACUUUUGAAUUUCCCGCCCAUCCAUGUGGGUGACGAAGUAGUUGUUCUAAGUUUCCCGGGUUUUAUCACUGGAGUUUUGCAAUCGGUGACCCUCUCCGGUCAAGUGAAUCCCGGAUAUGUGCAUGUGGUGACUAUAAUUGAUCCCCUCUACAAACCCUUUGCCGUGCUCAUGAACUACAACAUAAUCGUCGGACAGCCAACUCAAACAAUCAAUGUGACGUCAUCGCGCUUUGUGGCCUAUUUGGAUAACAGCGCGUCGAUGCCCAGAAUGGAUUCUUACCGCUCGGAAUAUGUGGUUUUGGUCUACUACACAGCUUCUCAAAUCUUUUUGGAUGGCAAUACACCGAAAGACCAGCUACUCGGAUCUUCUUGCUCUGAUCCCAAAUGUCUUCUUACCAGCUCCCCGUUAGCAUCGAAAUUCAGUCAGCCGAUGGGUGGAACUGUUUUUUAUAUUACCACCAAAAACACGGUAUUCACAACUUCUGAGGAUUUCAAUACUUCCGGAAGCUCCCAAAACAUCCCCACCCUUCCACCACUGCCAACGCUGGACCCUGAUUUUUGGAGAAACCUUCCCACACUUCCACCCCUUCCAACGCUGGAUCCGAACUUUUGGCAAAAUCUCAUCAGUCUUCCCACACUUCCCCCACUACAAUUUCCAACGCUGGAUUCGAACUUUUGGAAAAAUCUCCCCACACUUCCCCCAAUUCCUACACCAACGCCUCGUACGGCUCAAUGCACAUAUAAAUUGGGUCAAGAAGUUCUAACAAAUUCAAGUUUCGCGGAAACUUUGAAUUACACGAAUGUGCAGUCAGUUCUGGAUGAAAUGCUUCAGAAAUCGGUGGAAAUUUGUAAUGGAUUUCAAACUCAAAAGCUAACGGAUCUCUCGUUUAAAUAUGGCGUUUUGCAGGGUGAUUUACAAGAAAUCACUCCGUAUUUUUCGAAUUCCGACCUACAAAAAUUGCUGGUCGCCGUGCUUCAAGGCGAUUCGGGAGCGGUUUUUCAGAUUCUCUUCUCGAAAACUCUGGAAAAUUUGGCGAAUCCUACGGUAACUGGGAAGAUUUCAAAAGUACAGACACAAAUUUCUACACUCCAAUUUGAACUGCUAUUUAGUCCUAUUUAA